AUGGCUGCCUCCGCUGCCGUCUCUGCGCAAGAAGCGCAGCAGAUGCCCUUUAUCAAGAACCUCGCCUCAAGCGACCGCAAACUCCGCACCCAAUCCCUCUCCUCCCUCCAAGCAUUCCUCUCCUCCCGCCGCUCCAUCACCCCCCUCGACGCCCGCAAGCUCUGGACAGGCCUCUACUACGCCCUCUGGAUGACCGACCGCCCGCGCCCGCAGCAGGCCCUCGCCGCAGACCUCGCCAACCUCGUCUUCGACCUGCAGCCCGCCUGCGUCGAGCCCUGGCUGGCGGCCUUCUGGUCCGUCCUCGGCGUCCAGUGGCCGCACAUCGAGGCCCUGCGCCUCGACAAGUUCCUGCUGCUCGUCAGAAGGGUGUUUGCCGCGCACGUGAAGCUUGUUCGCGAGAAGGGUUUUCAGGGCGACUUGGCGGCGCAGGUGGUGCGUGUGUUUGCGCAGUGGUGCUUUGACGCCGAGGACGAGAACAAGGUUGCGCUGGGACUUCGGUUGCACGUGCUGGAUGUUUGGGUGGAUGAGCUGGAGCGUGAGGGAGCGCUUGCGGCUGCGGCUGAGGACGAGCAUGCAAAGGCGUUUGUGAAGGAGAUUGGAGCGCUGGUGGAGAGUCUCAAGAAGUGUCCUGUCAAGUCGGUGCGACAGCGUGCGCUGGACAGCUACGACGACGAGAGAUUGCCGUGGGUGGAGAAGAAGGAGGAGGAUGAAGAUGAAGAGAUGGAUGGUGCCGAGGACGAUGAGGACGACGAAUGGGGUGGCAUAGACAAUUAA